GUCUCUCUUACUGCGACGGCUAUUCAAAAAAUUCGUCACAGUCCACCUCUUCAUCUAUUCAAUUUUUCUCUCUCUAGAUCACGCCAUUUCUUAAUUAAUUACACUCAGAUCUCUCUCUUUUUUCUGUAAUCUCGAUCUCAAUUACGCUAAUCAUCGUCCGAUUUCAUGUGAUUUCGAUUAAUUAAGGAACUGGUACGAAACGACAAUUAACCUCUCGUUUUCGUUCCCGCGGUGGAUCUGGUCAGUUAGGGAUUAAUGGCGUUGUCAGGGAUGAGAGGUCUCUCAGUUUUUAUCAGCGACGUUCGUAAUUGCCCUAACAAAGAACAAGAACGUCUCCGUGUUGAUAAAGAACUUGGAAAUAUUCGUACUCGCUUCAAAAAUGAGAAGGGCUUGACUCCUUAUGAAAAGAAGAAAUAUGUGUGGAAAAUGCUUUACAUUUAUAUGCUAGGUUAUGAUGUAGAUUUUGGUCACAUGGAAGCAGUGUCCUUAAUCUCUGCACCAAAAUACCCAGAAAAGCAGGUUGGCUACAUUGUGACGUCAUGUUUGCUCAAUGAAAACCAUGAUUUUUUGAGAUUAGCAAUAAAUACUGUGCGCAAUGACAUUAUUGGAAGAAAUGAAACUUUUCAAUGCCUUGCAUUGACUAUGGUUGGAAAUAUUGGUGGAAGAGAAUAUGCUGAAUCAUUAGCAGCAGAUGUUCAGAAGUUACUUAUUUCUAGUAGCUGCAGACCUCUUGUGAGAAAAAAGGCUGCCUUAUGUUUGCUACGCCUGUACAGAAAAAAUCCUGAUGUUGUCAAUGUAGAUGGCUGGGCAGAUCGAAUGGCUCAACUGUUAGAUGAGCGAGAUCUUGGUGUUUUGACUUCUUCUAUGAGCCUUCUUGUAGCUUUAGUAUCAAAUCACCAUGAUGCAUACUGGAGUUGUCUCCCAAAGUGUGUUAAGAUAUUGGAGCGGCUUGCCAGGAACCAGGAUAUUCCACAAGAAUACACUUAUUAUGGAAUCCCUACUCCUUGGCUUCAGGUUAAGACAAUGAGAACUCUUCAGUAUUUUCCAACAAUUGAAGAUCCUAAUACUAGAAGAUCAUUGUUUGAGGUCUUACAGCGGAUCUUAAUGGGCACAGAUGUUGUAAAAAAUGUAAAUAAGAACAAUGCAGCCCAUGCCGUUCUCUUCGAAGCUCUAGCUCUUGUCAUGCAUCUUGAUGCUGAAAAAGAGAUGAUGUCUCAGUGUGUUGCUCUUUUAGGAAAAUUUAUUGCUGUGCGCGAACCAAAUAUUCGUUAUCUUGGCUUGGAGAAUAUGACUCGGAUGUUGAUGGUUACAGAUGUGCAAGAUAUUAUCAAAAGGCACCAGGCUCAGAUCAUCACCUCACUGAAAGAUCCUGACAUCAGCAUUCGCCGGCGUGCACUUGAUUUACUUUAUGGUAUGUGUGAUGUUUCCAAUGCAAAGGACAUAGUGGAAGAACUUUUACAGUAUCUAAGCACAGCAGAUUUUGCAAUGCGUGAGGAAUUGUCGCUUAAAGCUGCUAUUCUAGCAGAGAAAUUUGCUCCUGAUUUGUCUUGGUAUGUGGAUGUCAUCCUACAGUUGAUUGACAAAGCGGGAGAUUUUGUUAGUGAUGAUAUAUGGUUCCGUGUUGUGCAGUUUGUAACAAACAAUGAAGACUUACAGCCUUAUGCAGCAGCAAAAGCCAAAGAGUAUCUUGACAAGCCUGCCAUACACGAGACAAUGGUAAAGGUGAGUGCUCAUCUCCUUGGAGAGUUCAGCCACCUUCUAUCUAGACGUCCUGGAUGUAGUCCAAAGGAAAUAUUCAGCAUAAUACAUGAGAAGCUUCCUACUGUAUCAACAUCUACUAUUCCUAUUCUCCUGUCAACAUAUGCUAAGAUCUUAAUGCAUACUCAACCUCCCGAUCCAGAACUGCAGAACCAAAUUUGGGCUAUAUUUAACAAAUAUGAGAGUUGCAUUGAUGCUGAAAUACAACAAAGAGCGGUUGAGUACAUUGCAUUAAGUAGGAGAGGUGCAGCUUUAAUUGACAUAUUGGCUGAAAUGCCUAAAUUCCCCGAGCGCCAGUCUGCAUUGAUUAGAAAAGCUGAAGACAUUGAAGUUGAUACAGCAGAGCAAAGUGCAAUUAAGCUGCGAGCCCAGCAGCAAAUGUCAAAUGCUUUGGUAGUCACUGACCAACGACCUGGUAAUGAGCCCCCACCAGCUAUUGGCCCGCUUAGUCUUGUAAAGGUGCCCAGCAUGAGUUCUAAUGAGGAGCAUGCUUCAGCUGAUCAAGGAGUGACCCAAGACAAUGGAAUUUCAAAUAAGGCGGAUCUUCAAGCUCCCUCUGCAGAUCUCCUUGGUGAUCUUCUGGGACCACUGCCUAUUGAAGGUUCCCCUGCAGCUGUUUCCCAGUUUGAUCAGAACCCAGUCUCUAGAACUGAAGAUAUUCCCAGUGCAGCGGAUGCUGCAGCCAUUGUACCUGUUGGGGAACAGGCAAAUUCUGUUGAGCCUGUGGGAAACAUAAAUGAAAGAUUUCUUUCCUUGUGUUUGAAAGAUAGUGGUGUACUAUAUGAGGAUCCGUACAUUCAGAUUGGGAUCAAGGCAGAAUGGCGGGCACAACAUGGGCGCCUUGUUCUUUUCCUCGGAAACAAAAAUACUAAUCCGCUUGUUUCUGUUCAAGCUGUAAUAUUGCCUCCUGCUCAUUUGAAGAUUGAACUCUCUUUAGUACCUGAAACUAUUCCUCCAAGAGCUCAGGUGCAAUGCCCACUUGAAAUCUCAAAUCUCCGUCCUAGCAGGGAUGUUGCUGUUCUCGACUUCUCAUAUAAGUUCGGUACAAACAUGAUCAAUGUCAAGCUUCGCCUUCCUGCUGUUCUGAACAAAUUUCUUCAGCCUAUCUCAGUUUCCGCAGAAGAGUUUUUUCCUCAAUGGAGGUCGCUUUCUGGGCCACCUCUGAAGCUUCAAGAAGUUGUUAGAGGUGUAAGGCCACUGCCUCUCCCUGAGAUGGCAAACUUAUUUAACAGUUUCCGAAUGAUGAUUUCUCCUGGACUUGAUCCAAAUCCUAAUAACAUGGUUGCAAGUACAACAUUCUAUUCAGAGAGUACAAGGCCGAUGCUUUGCUUGGUAAGAGUAGAAACAGACCCAGCAGAUAGAACACAAUUGCGAAUGACCGUUGCCUCGGGGGAUCCUAUGCUAACAUUCGAGCUGAAGGAAUUCAUCAAGGAGCAGUUAGUCAGUAUUCCUAUAGCACCACGUGGACCUUCACCAGCCCCACCAGUUGCUCAACCGACAAGUCCAGUGGCAGCUCUGACGGAUCCAGGGGCUAUGUUGGCCGGUUUACUAUAACAAUCUGUCCGAGUAUCAUGUGUGAAGAUUUGUUCAUUAUACACUAGUCAACCUGAUUUAUACAUUUGGCCCACCCUUCGAUUCGUCAAGUCAAGAGAUGGGUUAAGGGAUUCGUGAUGCAAGGGCUGGCGGAAUUAAGGGUAUGCUAAUCUGUGAUCAGCUUAAUUCGAACUUUCCGGGGAGGUUGGUCGGGAUUUUGAGAUUCUUUUGCACAAUUUGUAAUGUGCUUAGUGAGCUUUUUUUUUCUCAAUCAUUUGGGGUGAGGGCAUUUUUUUUUCUCCUUUCAUUUUUCCCCUUUUUUAUUUUUUCCAUUUUUAGCCAAUUGGUUUCUGUAUUACAAAUCUGAAAGCGAUGUAUGAUAUUAAAUAGAGGUAGAACGUAGUAGUGUCUGUAUUUUGAUUGUGAAUGCAUAGUUUUAUAUUUUCAAUAAGAGCCGUUUGUAGGAGUGUCUAGAUCA